AUGCGAGUGCACAUCUCACUUAAUAAUUUAUUUUUUGAAAUUUUAACCAGUAUCUAUUACUUCGUGGUGCCAAAUUUACUGCGCGCACUAUCGAUGGAUGGACACCUUUGCACAGUGCCGCAUUCUGGAACCACUUUGAAUGUGUUCGGGUGCUUGUUGAAGCAGGGUCAGAUUACAAUGCUAGUAAUUACAGCAAGUGGCCAGACGCCUCUUCAUUUAGCAGCCAGCAAUUACCGUACUCCUCAUACAUUGAUCUAUCUUCUUUCGCUGCCAGACAUUAAUCUUCAUACACUGAAGAAUGCUCAAGGUAGUUCUGCCGCUGAUAUCAUCAAUAGAAGCACACCUCUUUCUAAACUACUUUAUCCAUUUUCAGAAUCAUUAACAAGGAUACCUUAUUGA